UAAAGCCGCAGCAGCGCCGGGAGGAGCCCGAAGAGGCGAGUGUCUCCAAGCCAGCCCGUGGAUCUGUAUCAUGCAAAGUGUUAUGUUCUUGACUUUCCAACCCAACUGCGGCUCGGGCUCCAUGGAGAAAACUGCCAGCGGCUACCCAAUGGGCGAGGAGAAGAGAGAAAAGAUGAAGCGGACCAUCAUAAAAGACUGGAAGACCCGUUUAAGUUACUUCCUACAAAACUCAUCUACACCUGGGAAGCCAAAAGUCAACAAAAAAGGCAAACAACAAGCUUUUAUUAAACCUUCUCCUGAAGAAGCACAGCUGUGGUCAGAAACUUUCGAUGAGCUCCUGGCCAAUAAAUAUGGUCUUGCUGCAUUUAGGGCUUUUUUGAAAUCUGAGUUUUGUGAAGAAAACAUAGAAUUCUGGCUGGCCUGUGAAGACUUCAAAAAAACCAAGUCUCCACAGAAAUUGACCUCAAAGGCCCGGAAAAUUUAUACUGACUUCAUAGAAAAGGAGGCUCCAAAAGAGAUAAAUAUAGACUUUCAAACUAAAAUCAUGAUUGCUCAGAAUAUCGAGGAGGCUACAACUGGUUGCUUCACCACAGCCCAGAAAAGAGUCUACAGUUUGAUGGAAAACAAUUCCUACCCCAGAUUUUUGGAGUCUGAAUUUUAUCAGGACUUAUGUAAAAAUCCACAGAUUACUAGAGCACCUCAGGCUACAUGAAUGAGCAUGGGAAAUGAAGUAGAUCAACAGAACAUUUGACUUUUUCUGGCUAAGGAGGAAGGCCUGUGGCCUAUGAAACCUAAUAAAAACUGAUGGUCUAAAAGACAAGCAUCAAAAUGAGUCUGGGUAUUCAGGAAACUUCACCCAGAAAUAUUGACUCUGCAAGUUAAAUUGUAUGAUGAAUAACUAUGACAACAAUGGCAUAGGAGAUGUGUUUCCGACUGUCUUGCAAGUGUUGUGUAUAAAAGACAGUGAAUCCAUUGUCUAAGAGCUAUGUAUUUUUAAUUCACGCUGGAGAAGUCAACGUUCCAGAGCAGUUCUAAGGCUAUUCCUCUGAAAGUUUAUUUUUUUUAAUCAAAUAGACCUGGGGGAGAUCAUAUGUAGUCUUGAUUAAAUGGCUAUAUAUCUUUUCCUAAAUUAAUCCAUGUUACCACUAAGUGUCUGAUUGAAAGGUUUACUAGUGUACAAAGAGGUAUGAAAGUCCAAAUGAAUGAGUCAUUUGUGUUACUGUCCCUCAUUAUGGGGGAAAAGUGGUCCAUGUACAUGUUGUCAUGUGUUAUAGGUUAAGGUUGUGUAGAACACUACCAUGUUCAUGAAUGCUAAAAAACGUCUUGAAGGCAGCUAAAACUUCAAUGAAGUGGUCUUUGAAUACUUGUUUUUAAUAAAUUUAUUUUGAUAUUUAU